AUGAUAGUCGAUUUAAGGAAUUGUGAUCAUCCAAAUAUUUUAAAAUACUUUGAUUCUUUUAUAAUUUAAAACUACCAUUUCAUUUUACUUGAAGGUGUUGAAAGAUCGCUCUACGAUGUAGUUUUGUAGCAUUCUGGUUCAGAUUAGUUUAACUAAUCAUAUUUCAACAUUACUAUACAAUUGCUUAAAGGACUUGAUUAUUUACAUUCUAAAAAUCUAUUCUUGCAUAUUCCAACUCUUAAAAGCAUUUUUGUAGAUAAAAACAUGAAUGUAAAAUUUUUAUAUUUCUAGACUCAACAAAAUUCAGAUAAAAAUGAAUUGACAACUAUUUUAAGUUAUUUUGACCAUUAUAAAUUACCUUUUAUCCCUCCAGAAGAUUUUAUUUUAGAAAACGAUUAAUAAGAAAUACAUUAUAAGGAAAAUCUCACAGUAGAAGGUAAUAUUUGGUCAAUAUGCAUGUGUCUCUAUGAGAUGGCAGGAGCAAGCUAUUUACAAUAAAAAUAAUUUGCUCUGGGUAUAGAUUCUUAUAAAUUAUAAUUUUAAGUUCAUUAUAUGAUUAAUCUUAUUUUGUAGCGAACUCUAUAGAGAGAUAUAUAAUAAAGGCCAAAGCUUAAUGACUUAAUGGUUUUUUUCUAAUCAGCCUAGUAAUGGAUAGAUUAAAUCAAAGAAUCUUAGUAAUCAGAAGCAGAAAUUGAAAUGUUUGCUGAAGUACAAAAAGAAUUUGAUAACUAAAAAUACCUAGAAGCUUUGAAUAUUUUACAGAAAUUACUUUAGAGUAAUUAAUGUAUUGAUAAGUAUUUGGCUUGGAUAGGCAGAUGUUAUUGUGCUAUUAACUAAUUAGAUGAAUCAGAAUAUUGGAGCAGCUAAUCUUUGAAAAUCAAUCCAAAUAACGAUAUCUCUUAUUUUAAUUUAGGAAAUAUUUGGAAAAUUAGAAAGAAUUUCGAAAAAGCUAUUAAUUUUUUUUAGAGAUCAAUAGAUUGCAAUCCAAAAAACAUAUAUAGCAUGAAUAAUUUGGGUUUGAUUUAUGACUCUUAAUCAAUGGAAGCUUAAGCACAAUAGAUGUAUCUCAGAGCUAUUGAAAUACAGCCUGAAAAACAAUUCCUCUAUUAUAAUAUGGGGAGAAGCUUUUAUCUACAAAGCAAUUACGAAGAAGCUAAAAAAUGGUUUUUAAAGACUCUUGAUAUUGAUCCCACAUAUCACAAGUCCCUUACUUAUUUGGGAGAAAUAGAAUUCAUUCAGAAUAAUCAUCAAGAAGCAAUGGUCUAUUUUCAUAAAUCAUUAAAAGUAUCUCCUAAUGAAAAUACUUACUUUUCUUUAGGUACUCAAUAUUACAAAAAUGGUAAUAUUUCUUAUAGUAACAAUAAUCAUUCUUCAAUAAUUGUGAUUGGAAAAUCAAGCACUUAAAGUUUUACAAUUAUUAUUGAUUCUUUUGAGGGUUUGUAAUCAUUUUAGAGAUCUAAUAAAAUUAAAAAACUGGAGGAAAUGAUAGUCGAUUUAAGGAAUUGUGACCAUCCAAAUAUUUUAAAAUACUUUGAUUCUUUUAUAAUUUAAAACUACCAUUUCAUUUUACUUGAAAGUGUUGAAAGAUCUCUCUACGAUGUAACUUUGUAGCAUUCUGAUUCAGAUUAGUUUAACUAAUCAUAUGUUAGCAUUACUAUACAAUUGCUCAAAGGACUUGAUUAUUUACAUUCUAAAAAUCUAUUCUUGCAUAUUCCAACUCUUAAAAGCAUUUUUGUAGAUAAAAACAUGAAUGUAAAAUUUUUAUAUUUCUAGACUCAACAAAAUUCAGAUAAAAAUGUAUUGACUGCUAUUUUAAGUAAAUUUGAAGAUUAUAAAUUACCUUUUAUCCCUCCAGAAGAUUUUAUUUUAGAAAACGAUUAAUAAGAAAUACAUUAUAAGGAAAAUCUCACACGAACUCUAUAGAGAGAUAUAUAAUAAAGGCCAAGGCUUAAUGACUUAAUGAUUUUUUUCUAAUCAGCCUAGUAAUGGAUAGAUUCAGUCAAAGAAUCUUAAUAAUCAGAAGCAGAAAUUGAAAUGUUUGCUGAAGCAAAAAGAUAAUUUGAUAACCAAAAAUUCCUAGAAGCUUUGAAUAUUUUAUUUAAAUUACUUUAGAAUAAUUAAGGUAUAGAUAAGUAUUUGGUUUUGAUAAGCAGAUGUUAUUAUGCUAUGAACUAAUUAGAUGAAGCAGAAUAUUGGAGCAGCUAAUCUUUGAAAAUCAAUCCAAAUAAUGAAAUCUGUUAUUUUAAUUUAGGAAAUAUUUCGAAAAUAAGAAAGGAAUACGAAAAAGCAAAACAUUUUUAUUAUAAAUCAAUAGAUUGCAAUCCAAAAAACAUAUAUAGCAUGAAUAAUUUGGGUUAAAUUUAUGACAUUUAAACUAUGGAUACUUCAGCUCAGGAGAUGUAUCUCAGAGCUAUUGAAAUAAAGCCUGAAAAAUAAUUCCUCUAUCAUAACAUGGGGAAAAGUUUUUAUCUAAAAAGAAAUUACGAAGAAGCUAAAAAAUGGUUUUUAAAGACUCUUGAAAUUGAUCCCACAUAUCACAAGUCCCUUACUUAUUUGGGAGAAAUGGAAUCCAUUUAAAAUAAUUAUAAAGAAGCUAUUGUUUACUUUAAAAAAUUAUUAAAAGUAUCUCCCAAUGAAAUAAGUUACUUUUCCUUAAGUAAUCAAUAUUACAAAAUUCGUAAGUAUUCAAAUUCACAAGUUUUGAUGAAGGAUGCUGAAAAAAAACUAGAGUCUAAUAGAUUUUACUUUUAUUCAGCCACUACUUAUUAUAUGAAAAAAAAAUAUAACAAAGCAAUUUAUUAUUGCAAAAAAGCAUUUGACUAAAAACAAAAUGAAUAAAGAAGUUUAGAACUUAUUAAAAAAUCUAAAAAUAUGAUUUGA